CACACAAUGGGAGGUAAAUAAGAUUAGCAAUAACAAUCGCAAUCAGUGUGCCAUCAGUGGCAACGAGCAACAUCCUGGCAAUUGAGCGGGAUUGAGGAGGGAACUCGGCGCAGUCGCGCCCGAGCCUGGAACUACUACCGUCUGGACCGAAGAAGAAAGCACACGCCAUGCUGACACUAACCGGUCUUUUAUGCCUUUGCUUCAGCGUGGUCCAUAGCCUUCCGCCGGAUAAGGUAUCAGCGUUCCACAUAAUAAAAACACGAAGCAUAGAUCUCAACAAUGCCCACGGGCUUGCAAUGGAGAGUCGGCUAGAGAAGUCUGUGGAACCGACAGGCUACAGGCUAGAGCUGGAGCCGUACCUCGAAGACGGCCUCUUCAAAGGCCACGUCAGCAUCAACAUCACGUGGUUGCAAGACGCUGACGAGAUCACCGUGCACUCCGCUCAUGAUAUCGAGAUCACCAAUACGGAAGUUCGAGCGCAUAUACCCGCUGAUUCAAAAGAAGUACACAAAAUUAUUGUGAAGGAGUUAACUGCAGACCCAAAGAAGCCAAUCGUUACUAUACACCUUGAGAAGGUGGUGCCCAAAUCUUCCAAAGGCCAUUUGGACUUCAGCUUCAAUGGUAACUUGGAGACAGCGUCUACUGAGGCAUUCUUCAAGUCUACGUACACUACAGAGCAAGAAGUCGAGAGGAUAGUGGCGGCAACUCAACUUCGUCCAAACAACGCCAGGAGGAUGUUUCCGUGCUUCGACGAGCCCGGAUACAAGACGCCGUUCGAGCUCAGUGUAGUUCGUCCCAGGACUAUGAUCGCGCUGAGCAAUGUACCCGUGGCCAGGACUGAGGAUAUAACCGGAGAACCAAACGCGGUGUGGGACCACUUUGAGAAGACGCCACCUAUGUCUACAUUCACACUGGGCCUUGUCAUCGCUGACUUGAAGCAGUUGGGCAAUUCCACGUGUUACAAAGAUGAUAAUGGCAAUGACAUUGAAUUCCGCGUAUGGGGCCGGCCGGAGUUCCUGCCGGCUUUGGAAGGGGUUAACGAGAAAGUUUUCCGCGUGUUCACCGAGAUAGCUGGCUUGUGGGAGGUGCCGUUGCCCCUCCGUCGCUUGGACAUCGUCGCCCUGCCCAACUACCAGGGUGUGAAACCUGCUGAUAACUGGGGUCUUAUUGUUUUCAAGGAGAGUGAUUUGAGCAAUAAAGGUUAUUUCCAAUUAGCUCAGGAGUUAUCUUAUCAAUGGCUCGGAGCUCUCACUACUCCGGCAUGGUGGUCGGACGCACAUCUCAACAAAGCGUUAGUGGGUUAUCUGGCCGCAGAAGUAGCUUUUAAGAUCAACGAUGGCUCGGAAAUGGAAGGCAAGUGGCCUAUGACAGUACUGUAUUCCUUGUACUACGAGUUUGGUAAACGGUAUCCGCACUCGCGUAUCACCGGCAUGAAGCAGGAGACCGCAUGCACCAAGAUAGAACUGUUGUUUAGAAUGUUCAACUAUACACUAGGAGGGGACACCUUCAAGAAGGGACUGAGGAUGUUCAUUGAAACACGUAAAUUUAAAACAUUCACUGGUGACGAUAUUUGGAAUGCUCUGACUACUGCCGCUGUUCAAGACGGGAAGAUACCAAAAGACUUCGACAUAAAGACAAUUGCUAAAAGCUGGAUUGAAAAGGACAGGCUACCGUUGGUUACCGCUCAGAGGAAAUAUGACACUAACUCUGUAUUACUCACCCAGAAAGUGUUUUUACGGGAGCGACCUCAUGACGUCCCGGACGCGGCUCGCAUGUCAUGGUGGAUACCCAUCAUCAUAGCUCGGGAAGACAAGCUCAACUUCACAAACGCUACACCAUUAGCUUGGAUGCUAGAUAAGAAAGAACUUACGCUUAAUAACAUGCCCAAUAAAGAUCAGUUCAUUAUCCUGAAUCCAGAGGAGAUUGGUCCCUUCCAAGUAAAUUAUGAUAAAGAAAACUGGAAUCUACUGUCUCAGUACCUUCAAGGCAAGAAUCGCCAAUCGAUCCCCGAACUAACUCGGGCUAAGCUUCUUCACGAUGCUUGGAAUCUCGCCUACGCUGGUGAGCUGUCCUUCGCUACUGCUUUAAACAUGACUCUGUUCCUGAAAGAAGAGAAAAACCAUAUAGCUUGGGAUCCUGUGUUUACCAUGAUUGACCAUAUUGGCAGACACUUGUGUCAGUGUUUACAAGGGAAAUUCCAGGCAUACGUCCGAACUCUUUUAAGUCCUUUAUACGAGGAACUGAAAAACGAAAGAGAAGACGAGGAGAACUGGCGUAAGAAUCUUCGCUCACUCACUAAGACGUUCCUCUGCCAAGCUGGAUACAAGGCGUGCGUGAAAGAAGCUCAAGACGAGUACAGCAAGUGGAUGUUGUCUCCGAACCCCGAUGAAGGCAAUCCCAUUUCAAAUCAGUACCUCUGUCCGGUGUUCACGUGGGGAACCAAAAAGGAAUGGGAGUUUGGCCUUCAGCGAGUCAUCAACUUCCCACCAUCGAGAAAGCAAAGUGAAAGGACAUAUCUCCUCAAAACCUUAGCAGGAUGCCCAAAUGAUGAGGAGAAAAUUAAGAGGAUUUUAGACAUAGCUGUUCUAGAAGGAAACGGAAACUUCACCGAGACAGAUUUGUUUUUGAUAUUUAAUAUGCUGACUGGCAGUCCAAUGGGUCAUACUACGCUGUUCAAUUUCUUGAGCAACAACUGGCAAGUGCUGAAGGAAAAAUUUUCAAGCAAAACAAACCUCUGGGACAACCUGAUUACAUCAGCCACAUCACAAUUCACGACUCAGGACGGACUGGCCCUGGUAUCCAAUCUAUACGUGGCACACCAGGGUGAGUUCGGCUCAGCCGAGCACAUCAUAGAGAAAUCCAUGAGGAACAUUCGAGAAGAAGCCAAAUGGUCAGCCGAAAAUAUUCCGGUCAUAGACGAAUGGCUGACUUCGUAUCUAGAUAGGACUAAUUACAAAAAUAAUAAGCACUUGCAUGUACAAUAGUUAUCCGGUUAUUGUUAGGUUUAUUAGCCCUCUCUCUCAAGGUUAACUCACUGAUUCAAAAAUACAUACAAGUCGUAUAGAAAUAGUCCUUCUUUGAAGUCGGUUAAUAAAAACGAAGCUAUUUUAUACUCUAAUAGACUUGAAUGAAACCAAGUUUUGGUAAAACUGUCACAGAAACACUUUUGAUGAAUGAAAUGAAAUACAAGAAAUUUACUCAAGACAACGGCUGUAUAGGCUUAGUCCAUUUGCCUUAACUAUUGUUAGGGAAAACAGAACCAAAUAAAAAAAAAAAAAUUGGUAACAAAUCCAAAACAUUAAUUCAAUUAAUCUAUUUCUUACUUAUACUACUAUUUGGACACCAGCAGUGUACAAUUAAAGAUUAAUUAGGCAGACUUAAGCGGUCGGAUCAAUUGUUUAUUUGUUUACAUUUUCAUGAAACUCUAUUGAAACAGAAUAUUUGUUACUGAUGCGUUUUUUCUUAAUGCGUUAAAUUUUCAAUUUGAUAAGUGACAAAACAGUCAGUUUUAUUGUUAAAAAUUGCGUAAGCACACAUUUAAUUUUAAUAUAAUAACAACCAGUUUAAUUUACAUGUAAUUAUAUUGACAAAGCUCAACUAGUUUCGGGAUCAAUUCGUGAUCCUUAAUCAUGAGCAUGAGUCAAGCUUGCGCUCGCGUAAUGUCACGUAAAUUAAACAAACCAGUAAUUAUUACAUUAAAACAUUCAAUAAUUAAAAUAGGUUUCAAGAAGAUUUUAGUUUUUAAACGGUUUUAUUAUGAAUAAGACAGUAAAAGUAAAUCGAAGUUUUCAUAAUGGCUGUCUACAACAACUUCAGAUUAAACAAACAAUAAACUCCGACACUCAGAGGUGAUUAAUCUGGUUUACGCCGGUUCGAAUCUCAAUCCCUUUAUUACUAAAGUAAGCCAUUGUUCUUUGGUAGACAGAGAUCAUAAAAAAAAAACAUUAAUAAAUACAGUAAUGUAUUGUCUAGUGAAUAAAAUAAGUAUAUCUUAUUUACAAAAAAAAAAAAAAAAAAAAACAGAAAAAGUAAUGAUAUCCAACGAGAAUAACAGUAAAUACUUGUAUAUUGUAAGAAAAGAUCGCACGUAAAUAACCUAAGGCAGCUAAAUACUUAUACUGCGAAAUAAAAAUACAGUAUUAUAAGCUAAGGUAAAUAAAACGGUUUCAUUACAUUAAAUAUAUAGAGAAUAACACACCUUAUUGAAAACAUAUACAAUAUUAUUAUUAUAAAUAAUUUAUUGGUCAGGAUUAUCUGAAAGUCAUAUGUGUUUAUAUAUAUAUAUAUAUAUAUAUAUAUAUAUAUAUAUAUAUAUAUAUAUAUAUAUAUAUAUAUAUAUAUAUAUAUAUAUAAAAAAAUUUGGACCAACUGGAUUUCAAAAUUGUUACACUACAAAAUAAUUAUACUAUAUUAUCUAAGAAUUACAUUGGCUAGGAGGAAAGAUAUCUAUGCGGGGAAACAACAAUAACAAUUUUAGGUUCGUCCGUCCGUCCAAAUCCGCAUCAAACUUUAUUACGAUUCGUUUUGACUAAGUAACAAACAAAUAUAAAUUUUCGGGUUCAAUAUAUUAUUAGAAUCACUUAAAAAUUACAAUUACUAGGAAGCAAAAUGCCUACACUGUAAUACAACUAUUUUUUAUAGUAUUUUAAAAGAAACAAAGUAUCGCUACUUUAUACACUAUAAAAUAACUGUACAGUAUUAUUACAAGUAUUAGAGUGACUAGGAAAGAAAAUGACUACACUGCAACACAACUACCUUACCUAAUAUUGUCUAAUAACAAGACAGAGUAGGAAAUAAAGUAUCUAUACUAUAAAGUAACUAUACAGUAUUACUACCAGGAUUAGAGUGACUUGGAAAGAAAACGACUACACUGCAACACAACUUACCUUACCUAAUAUUGUCUAAUAACAAGACAGAGUAGGAAAUAAAGUAUCUACACUAUAAAAUAAUUAUACAGUAUUACUGCAAGGAUUAGAGUGACUAGGAAAGAAAA